AUGGAUAGAAGGGACAAAUUAAUUGCGGAUUUAGGAGCAGAUGAUGAUGCAACUAUUUUUAGGUUAGUUGAAAAGCGAAAAGAUGGCAAACGAAAUUUGGACGCUGCUGACAGACGGAAUCGACAUUUUCAUCGUGACCGAUCAGAUGUGUACGAUCGCACUGACAGGCUCAACGAAGCAAAAGCCGAAUUUGCUGAAGCCGAUCUAUUCGAAAAAACUGCUGAUAAACUAGAAACGAUGGCUGCCAUAGAUCGCAGAGAUGGUAGUCGCAAUUUACACGCUGCUGCUCUAGAACGGGGAGAUAGAAAACGGCACCAUACACGAAUUUCUUCGUCGGGUAGUAGACGUCGACGCGUCGACCCACUUGAUGAUCAACUUGAUGGCCGUUUUGGUGGUCGUUUUGAUUUUGAUCGUACACGAGAAACACAAACGCCCAGAGUCAGGACACGUGAUUCGGGCUCCAGACCACGAAACCAAAGACAACGCUCAAGAUCAUCUGGCAGAGAUAAUAGAAGACCUUCAUAUCGAU